AUGGCUUACUAUGAGGAGCACGGAGGCGACGGCCAAUUCGGGAGGUUUAACAAGAAUUUCGAAGGUCCAGCCGGACCGCGACGGCCACGACUCGUCACGGAUUAUGGCUCGUCGAUGGUACAAUGGAUGCGCACACGGCAACCGCGUUAUAAGGGCAGCCAUCGAUUAGAGACCGAGCGACCGAGCGCCAGCUUCGCGGUCGACGUUCUUCCCCCGAUGGCGCGACCAUUUUCUGCCGUUGAUACGAUCCCCGUGCGACACCUACACCAGUCUAUCGGAAAAUCAAAGAAGCCCAUUGUCGUGGUGCGAUGGACCCCCGAGGGAAGGCGACUGUUGACCGGUGGUCAUACGGGCGAGUUUAUGCUAUGGAAUGGAACGGCGUUUAACUUCGAGACAGUUAUGGAUGCACAUUACGAUCAAAUACAGGCUGGCGUGACAUCGCUGGCAUGGGCUCAUAGCCAGGACUGGCUGAUUUCCGGCGGACAACGAGGCGAUAUCAAGUACUGGCGGCCUAACUUCAACAACGUCGAGACGAUCGAUGACGCGCACCACGACGCUGUUCGAGACCUGGCCUGGGCACCCAGCGAUACCAAGUUCCUUUCAGCGUCCGACGAUACAACCCUCAAGAUUUUUGACUUUACGACUCGAACAGCGGACACGACACUUACCGGACAUAACUGGGAUGUCAAGUCCUGUGACUGGCAUCCGACGAAGGGGUUGCUUGUUUCUGGGUCUAAAGAUCACCAGGUCAAGUUCUGGGAUCCGCGUACUGCUCGCUGUUUGACGACACUCCACAGCCACAAGAACACUGUUACAUCUACGCGGUUCUCGCGGGUGAACAGCAAUCUCCUUGCUACUUCAUCUCGUGAUCAGACGGCGCGGGUGUUUGAUUUGCGGAUGAUGCGCGAUAUUUGCAUUCUACGGGGCCACGAGAAGCCGGUUUCUUCCUUGACAUGGCAUCCGAUUCAUAGCAACCUCAUCUCGACUGGUGCCGAAGAUGGAUCGCUAUAUCACUACCUCCUCGAUGAGCCCAACCUGCCCAGCGGUGUGAUUCCCACUGUGGCACCUUACGACAGUCCAGACCCCGCGAAUACACCCGCCCAAGUCAUCUACCCAGCACACAAGAUUCAGUACGCUCACGGGGCUACGAUUUGGUCAUUAGACUGGCACCCUCUGGGCCAUAUUCUGGCCUCGGGAUCUAAAGAUAACUUCACUCGAUUCUGGUCUCGGACUCGACCCGGCGAGACUAGUUACAUGAAAGACCGAUUCCAUAUCGGUGAAGAGGCCGCAGAAGCCCAGGGCACAUGGAGCCGCGGGUUCGGUCGGAAACAGAUGCGCGAAGAAGAGGAGCAAGAGAUGCAGGACGAAGCUGAUAGUCUCGUUGACCAACGGCAACCGGGCGGUCCUGCUCUACCGGGCAUUCAAAGUGCGCCGGGUGGACAACCUGACGGACCAGGCCUGCUACCUGGCAUUGGCGGAGCUCAGCCUCCUCCACCUGGAAUGGCUGGCGCCAUGGGUGGGAUGGAUCCUGGUCGGUUGGCCGCAAUCAUGUCCACUCAACAACCGCCUUCGCAGUCGAACACACCCAACCAGCAAAUGCCAUUCCCUCCACCGCAAGGUAUGCCACCGGGUAUGCCUCAAGGAAUGCCGCAGAUGGAUUUGGUGCAACUGCAGAAGCAGCUCCAGGGUUUCCCUAUGCCACCCAACCUCAAUCUCCAGGCCAUAGCACAAAACCCUGGUUUCCCUGGAUUCGGCGGUCUGCCUGGUCUGCAGGGCGGCGGUAUGCCCGAUGGAAAUCGGAGGUAG